CUAGCACAUCAAUAUCAGGGUUUUAUUGCCCUCAUCUCUUCAUUUCUGCGCCUCUGUUUCCGUCUUCUCAUCUCCCAAAUCGCAGGUAAGGUGCAGAUACGAUAGUAAAAAUGGUGGACAAAACUAAAGGAAGAAAAGAAGAGGUUGUUACCAGGGAGUACACAAUCAACCUCCACAAGCGCCUCCAUGGAUGCACAUUCAAGAAGAAGGCUCCUAAAGCCAUUAAGGAGAUCAGGAAGUUUGCACAGAAGGCCAUGGGGACAACAGAUGUUAGGGUGGAUGUGAAGCUAAACAAGUAUGUCUGGAGCCGAGGAAUCAGAAGUGUACCCAGGAGGGUUAGGGUUCGUAUUGCCCGCAAGAGGAACGAUGAUGAAGAUGCAAAGGAAGAACUUUACUCGCUUGUCACUGUUGCAGAGAUCCCAGCAGAGGGGUUGAAGGGACUAGGCACUAAGGUCAUCGAUGAUGAAGAUUGAUUUCAUCAAAAUUCAACCUUUUUGAAACAACUGGCAGAGUUUUAGUUUUUAUUUUUAUCCUUGCUACUUUUGUUUGGAUUCUAGUAAUUUACAUUUUCCUUGAAUCUAUUACAUUUUGUCUUUUGAUGGAUUAUGGUAGCUCAUUUGUGUUGUCUUUCUAUAAUGCAUGUGCUAGUUUUAGACUCUCUUCUGUAUAGAAGAUUUCAUACAGAAGAUCAUAUCCCCUUCACAAUUCUUGACCUCUUGUUUAAUCCUCUUUCACAAUUCUGUAGUUGUACUCUUCCCCACUCAUAACUCAUAUGCCAUUGGACAAGUAAGGGUGCCAAUUACAUCUUCUCGAC